AUGGCGGAGGCACCAAUUGUCCUCGACGGAGGAACCGGCUUCCUCAAGGUCGGCUAUGCCGCGCAGAACUUUCCCGAGUUCCAAUACCCAUCGAUGGUCGGACGGCCGAUCCUGCGAACGGAGGAAAAGGGCGACAAUGACUUGGCCAUCAAGGACAUUAUGUGCGGCGACGAAGCGGCCGCGGCGCGCACCAUGCUUCAGAUCAGCUACCCGAUGGAGAAUGGCAUUGUGAAGAAGUGGGAUGACAUGCAGCACCUCUGGGACUACACCUUUUUCGAGAAGAUGAAGGUCGACCCGCGCGGCCGCAAGAUCCUCCUCACAGAGCCUCCCAUGAACCCUCUGAGGAACCGCGAGCAAAUGUGCGAGGUCAUGUUCGACCGGUACGGCUUCGGCGGCGUCUACGUUGCGAUCCAGGCCGUGCUGGCGCUCUACGCUCAGGGCCUCAGCUCUGGCGUUGUCGUCGAUUCGGGUGACGGCGUCACCCAUAUUGUGCCCGUGUACGAAUCCGUGGUACUGAACCACCUGACGCGGCGACUGGACGUGGCGGGCCGCGAUGUCACGCGCAACCUCAUCGCGCUGCUGCUCCGCCGCGGAUACGCGCUCAACCGAACGGCCGACUUUGAGACUGUGCGCCAGAUCAAGGAGAAGCUCUGCUAUGUCUCGUACGACCUGGAGCUCGACAAGCGGCUGAGCGAGGAUACUACGACGCUCGUGGAGAGCUACACGCUACCGGACGGUCGCGUGAUCCGCGUCGGCAGCGAGCGCUUCGAGGCACCCGAGUGUCUGUUCCAGCCGCACCUCGUCGACUGCGAGCAGCCGGGCAUGGCUGAGUUCCUGUUCAACACGAUCCAGGCGGCCGAUGUCGACGUGCGUUCGUCGCUAUUCAAGGCCAUCGUCCUGUCGGGCGGUAGCAGCAUGUACCCUGGUCUUCCGUCACGUUUGGAAAAAGAGUUGAAGCAGCUGUGGCUCACGCGCGUCCUGGGCGGUAACCCUGAGCGGUUAAGCAAGUUCAAGGUCCGGAUAGAGGACCCGCCGCGCCGAAGGCACAUGGUCUUCCUGGGAGGUGCCGUGCUGGCCAACAUCAUGGCGGACAAGGAGAGCAUGUGGGUGACCAAGGCUGAGUGGGACGAGCAGGGCCCGCGGGUGCUUGAGAAGCUUGGUCCUCGAUAAGUGGUCUCACAGGGUGAUAGGUCGUAAGGGGUUUGAUUUUUUCUAGCCACGAUUAGAAGCAGAGCAUGAUGAAACAAAAAA